AAUAACUACUUGCUCAAAUUGACCCCUCCACAGCUCUUUUUGUUCUAUGACUAAGUACUAUGUCUAUUUGAAGUGGAAAGAGCUCGAGGUAGAACUCCAACUCCUGAACUACAACUUAGUAUUUAAGUACUUUAUCUUGACAUAUGACUUUACCUAGUUGUUAUGCUACCUGUACCUCUGUAUGAGCUUUACUAGACGUCAUGAUGUACAACAGCAAACCUGGAAAGCAGUACCACGGCGGCAAAAACAACCGCAACCGGCAGUCCCCCUACUAUGGUGGCGUCGGUAAAACCGGCGGCGGACUAGCUCCCCUGUCGAAGGGGAAGAUGGGCCGCGCGCAAGGCAUGGGGGAAGCGAUUGGGCCGCCGGGGUUGAUUCAGGAUGGGAAUCCCAGCUAUGGCAAUAUGGGGCAUCUGCAGCAGGAUUAUUACAACCAAGGAGCUUCAUGGGGUGGGGCUCCAAUGAUGGACCACAAAGGAGGCGGUGGAAAAGGGGGGGCGAAGUUCGGCGGUGGGAAGUACAACUCAUCCUACAACACCUGGCACCAUCAUGACCCAACAUCUCAGGCCAAACCAGCACGCACAAAGGGCCGACAGCCCACGGAGUCCACGGUGGUCGCGCGCGUGCAGAAGCGCGAGGGGCUAACCCCGGAAGACAUCGAGGACGCGGCGGCGGACAUGGCCAUUGCGGGUGGGUAUAGUGUUCCAGACAGGGUCGAGUUCGUCAGCAACACGCUGUGUUUCAUCGAAUUCCCCUCAGCCGACGCGGCGAAGAAGUGCUUUGCAGAGGUACUGUUUUCUUGCAGAGAGAUGCACUAAUUGUAAUGCGGCUUUUGCAAAGCGGUCCUAUUCUUACAACUUUUAGUGCAGCUGGUGGGCAUGAGCAUGACAAAAUUGCUGGUGUUUGUAAAAUUAAUACAUUGGCAUGAAAAAAAAACUCAUUCUGUACUUCUAUCAGGGUCAAUCCAAGAAGCUGGAAGUGAACGGGCAGACGCUGGAUUUCGUGAAUUACGGUGGAGCGGCAGAUGUGAAUGCUGAAAAAGAAUCGGACACGAUAAAGCUCCGGCACAUCGAAGAAAUAAGCGAGAAAGAUAUCAGAAAAAUUUUCGAGGAAUUGGUGCCCAACAGCAUACUAUUCGUGAAGAUGAUGUACUUACUUACAAAGCUCCUUUUUGCCUCUCACCUUCUGUUUCGUCCAGACACUUUUGAGGAAUCGAAUGUGUUGAUAAACCGAAAGAACCGCAGUAGAAUGUCGAUUUAAUCAAACCGCAUUUUCGUUCUUGACAAGCUGCCCAUGAUUGUUAAUCAAGUGGACAUUGACGUCGUUGUAAAACUGAAACCUACAACCACUCGCAGAAAGCACAAGCCGCCGCAGGAAUACGAUUGGUGGGGCAAUCCUGUGCCCCCAAACCCGCAGACGCAGACCACGAAGGGGCAGAAGCAGCAGAUGGAGCAGAUGCAGAACCAGUUUGCCUUUGUCACCUGCAUAUGGAUUGCAAAUAUGUCUGGGUCUGGAAACUUGUGAUGCCGGGUGGCGUAUCAUGAGAAAGCAACAAGUGCUGGCUCAGCAUGACAAGUUUCUGAGCUUCUAUGUGUUGCCUAUUCUGCAUGACAAACUGCGUUUUUGCAUGACAGAAAAAUAGGGCUCUUGGGUAACGUGCAUGACAGAUUUAAGAGUCAUGCCAGACAAGCAUGACAAACAUGCAUUCUUCCAGACCCAGACAUUUUUGCAGUUGAUACUGCAAGUCCCAACCCACCGCGAAAUUGGUGAUGGACCGGUUUAAGUCGCAGAAAUAUCCUGAGUAAAAACGUACCCACACCAGAGUCACGAUGGGGAUUUUGCAACACAAACCUAGGAGUUUUGUGAGUCACGCAUGACAAGUUGCACUCUGCAGUGUAGUGCAGGUUGGCAAGUGCAGCCGCGUCACAGAUUCAUCUGCUCAUCCUGUUCACAGCGUCACAAAUUCCAAAACGCGAUUGGAAAUGGCUCUCAUGGGGAUGCGCAUGACAAGUCUUCCUGUCUUUGCAAAUCUGCAUUACAACUCUGGCGUGGGUACGUUUUUACUCAGGAUAAGAAACAGUCAAAAAUCAACGACACUUUUGUCGACCCGCACUUUGCGAAAGCCUCCGCGCAGGUGCAGUUUGAAAGAGACCAGGCGAAUUUACCCGCGGUUUUACAGGCUACAAAAUUGCCGAAGAAACACAUUUCCUUGCUCGCACAGGAACCGGAGCUCCUGAAAUUGAUGCAGGAGAAAAAUGACGACAAAAGUGGACCCUCCAACCCGUUUUUAUCUUCAUCGAGCGCAGGAGGGAAUAAUUCUACGAGUGCAGCAGUUUCUGCGAUACUAGAGAAGGAAGAGAACACCAAUAGCAGCAUGUGGGCCUCUUAUCUGAAGAAGUUCGAGGGCGCGAAUGGUGCAAAGGCGACAACGACGGCUGCCGUGAGCAACAGUCGGAUCAACGGCGGCGGGGGAGCUGCAGCUUCAGCCAACGCUGGUGCCACAGCUUCCUCAGCCGGGGUUCUAGUCCCGCCUGGAGGUGGAAACAGCGGCGGCGCAACAGGAUCUACUUCUUCCGGCGAUAGUAAGCCGAUGGAUAAGUCUCUACCACGUGGGAGGAAACUGAUGAACGUUUGGAAUCCCGAUGAAACGCAAACGGCAAUAUGGACCACUGUGGAUAACGAGGGGCUUACAAUGUACUAUUUCAUCUUCUGCAGGAACUCUUCCUGUUUGUCUUUGUGUUUGUUUCGAUCACUAUAGCGAUUCAUUUCACAGCAUAAUUGGCUAAUCUCUUUAUUCCGCUCCAAAACAAGAUCAAGAAUUCGGAGAUUAUACAAAGCAAAAAAAAUCUUUUAUACAGGUAUUUCGACUCCGAGCGGGGUUUUUUCUUCGACGCUAACGCGAUUUAUUUUCAGUACGAGAAGGAAUCGCGAGUUCUCAUCCAGGUGGACUCCAAGGGAAAGAUCAAGGAGGAUUGUGCCAAACUCCCCUUGAAGCAUCUCCCGGCGAGCUGGAAGCACGAAUUUGGGUUGGUGAUCCAGCCGAACCCGGUGCAAAGUCCGCAGCUUGGAGCUGCAGCCUCUACGGUGGAGAGUGGGCAAACUGGUGCACCACCUGGCGUGCCUGGUGGGUCACCUCCGAAUAGCACAGAUGCGACGUACAACAACCCGCAGCUACAGCAAGAUGCUUCAUUCCCAGUAAAUGUGACAGGAACAUCAAGUACUAUGCCAUCAACAAGCGCUGUUGACGACCCUAGCACGACUGCCCCGCCCCCUCUCAGCGCAACCGCCUCCAGUAUGCGCAACGCGAUGGCCGCGGCGUCGAUGGAGCAGAGUCAGUUGAAUGACCGGAUGAACCAGCAAAGGCUUCCGUCGCCAAAUUCCCAACCGCAACAGCAUAGUAGUUCAAUGCUGUAUAACAACCAAAUGACCCAGCAACAGAACAUGAAUCCCUCGCAGCAGCAGCAGCAGCAACAGCGUCCGCCGCCAAGCUUUUCCACAGGUUCGAACUCGAUUCCGUUAGGGAAGCCGUCGCCGCAGUUCGCGCCCCAACCGGCGCCUACUGAUUCUCGAGGCCCGGUCAGCUUUCUAUCAAAUGUAAAAGUGUCUGGGUCUGGAAGAAUGCAACUUGUGAUGCUGGAUUUGGAUUCCAAAAAAAUCUGUAUUGCAUGAGUACCAUAAGGGAAUGUAAUUCUUGCUACGCGGAGAGGGCAUUUGUCAUGCGGAAUAGGCAUCAAGAAGCUCUCAAAAAAUCUGUGAUGCUAGGGCAUGCAUCACAGACAUCAGGGCUCAUGCAAAACGUGCAUGACAAGUGUCAGAAUCUUCCAGACCCAGACAUUUUUACAUUUGAUACUUUCAGGAUAUCUACAACGCGACAUCGCACCACCAGCAAUUACGGCAGCAGCAGGUACAACAGCAGCAACAUCUUCUUGCGCCGCAGGGUCAGCAGCCACAGCAGAACUAUCAAAUGCAAAAAUGUCUGGGUGGUCUGGAAACUUGUAAUGCUGGGUUGGGAAUGGUGAAUGCUCUGAAAUGCACAGCCAAGCAUGAGAAAUAUCUGCGCUUCUUAGUGUUGCGCUUUCCGCAUGAAAAACUGCGUUUUGGAAUGACAAGCAAAGAGGUCUCUUCUUGCACACGCAUCACAAACUCUUCAGUCAUGCCAGACAAGCAUGACAAACCUUCACCUUGUAUCCUUCCAGACCCAGACAUAUUUGUAGUUGAUAAGAACCUUGGGACGAUGUUGAAUACGAAGAAGCAACCCGCGGUGUUUGCGUCCGAAUCUUAUCAAAUGCAAAAGUGUCAUCUGGGACUGGAAGAAUGCAGACUUGUCAUGCUAAAUCUGAAUCAUGUACAAAUCUGUGUUGCGUGAUUACCAAAAGCUGUCCACUUUUGACCUAAUCGAGAGGCAGUUUCUCAUGCAGGAUAGGCAUGAUAGAACUCUCACAGAUUCUGUCAUGCUAUGUCCUAUAUGCCAGACCUCAUGGGUCAUGGAAAACCUGCAUGACAAGUCUGGCACUCUUCCAGAUUCAGACACUUUUGCAGUUGAUAAAUCUGAUGAGGAGGACAUGGAACUGUCCGAUGCGGAGGAUGUCCCCGAACCGGAGGAAGAGAGGGAGUACAUCUGCUAUUUGUGUCAGCGAAAAUUCCCCCACGCGGCCGCGUUGAUUCGGCACGAGAAUGAGUCGGAUAUCCUGUGCAAAAGUAUCGUGCUCGUACUAAUUGCAAAUAUGCAUGACAAAUGUUUUUCCUAAGGCAAAACAGCAAUACAGAUUCCACUUUCCUUCUUGCCAAAAUUUGUAAUGCAAUUUAUACUAGUACGAUGCUUUUGCAUUGCAUAUCCGACUUGCACAAGCGAAAUCUAGCCGCGAAAGCCGCCCGGGAACAAGAAGCCAUGGCGGCAGCGGCCAGUGCGGUGAGGUGAGGUGAAUAUUGAUUGACUGCUGCUGGUGCGGGGGAGGGCGUUUUUGGUAUAAUGAAUCGUGGUCGUGGUCGUGCCUGUGCUGGUUCAUCAGCACAGUGCGGCUCAACCACGACAUGAUGGUGCCUCCAUACGACCAGAUAAAAACUUAGGGUGUGUUGUAACACACACAAGGACAAAAGCGACGUGCCACUGAGAACUACUUCUUCUAAGACAUAGAAAAUAGGAUAAGCGAAUGACGACAUCAGAACUGAAACACGAGUUCCAUAUGGAUACUUUCGUACCGGCUAG